UUGAUCUUAUAUUAAAUAACNAAUCAACGAGCGCUACUAUGCAAAGAAACAAACGAACACGCGGGAACUGUCACAGUAUCACCACAACGGUCUACAAUUACAAAUAAAAAUGAGUAAGGAAAUGGAUAUCGAGGAAUUCGAGGCCGACUUCGAGGAACAGAUACAAGAAAUGAAUUUGGACAAAAAUCUUAAACUUGAAAAUCGUAAACUAAUGGAACAGUUAAAAACGUUGCAAAUGAAAUAUUCACAACUGGAAAAAGAGAGAAAAGAAACAAUAGAACCAACCACCUCACAAGCCAGUUCUUCACAAAAACAAAAAAGACUAAGUGAAGAUAGCACUGACAAGUUUGCAGAAAAGCAGAAAAAGAAAGAAGAUUCUCCAGAUAAUAAUAAAGGCCUACAAGAAAAUAAGCGAAAAAGAGGAACAAGAGGCGGAAAAAAACGAUUGACAUGGAUUCAAAAUCGUGGUCGCGGCCGCGGCCGUGGUUUUCGUUGCUACGGUCGCUGUAAUGUGUUUAAUUUCUUGUAAUUCAGGUAUAUCUUUUGCUAUUUGCUAUUGCCACUCGUCACUCUUCUCUUCAUUUAGUCUAUUUGUUCUGCAAAAAAACAUUUAU